AUGGCUGCAGCAGGCGUAAGACGCAGAAAGAUCAUCGGCCAGCGCCGCCGCCUCGAAGAUGAGGCUGAAGAGGAGGGAGCUCCUGAUCUGGCCGACCUCGACGACGACUCCGUGACGGACGGCUCCAUCGCUAGCGACGAGCACGACCCCGCCGAUGACAGCGAUACGAGCAACAUUGACGAUGCGUCGCCCACGUCGCCCAACGCCCGGAAACCUCUAGGCCACGGCCACGCGAAGACGGGGUUCCGGCGCCGGACAGGGUCUGAGCCCCUCAAGAGUCCACCCGCAAAGCCAGCCCAGCCCGUGAUAGCCGACGCCGAGUCCAUGCUUAACAAGCUGUCACUUGCCGACAAGGGAAAGGACGGGGACGAGCUGCAUUUUGACGACAUCAAACAAGCACCGCCUGCUAAGGACGCGGCGCCAAUCGUAGUCAGCUCGAGCGCCGCGACGCAGCAACCACCACGGCUGCCCCAGCAGGAACUCAAGCGGCGAGAGCACGAGGAGUAUAGGCGGAGGAGGGACGAAGACCCGACCUUCGUACCGAACAGGGGCGCCUUCUUCCUGCACGAUCACCGGCAUGCUGGCCCUGCUGCAAAUGGCUUCCGGCCAUUCCCUCGGGGUGCUCGCGGUCGGGGGCGAGGAGCGUUUGGCAAUCACUUCGCGCUCAUGAGUCAUGCACCGUCUAUUCCAGACCCGAUUACGAACGGAAUGUGGAAGCACGACAUGCACGAGAUGAUCGCCGAGCCUCAACUGCCUCGACAGAUCCGUUACCUCCCCAACGACGAAGGCCCGCCGAACGGCAACGGCGUCAUCCCGACCGCACCGACGAGCAACACCCCGAUCAACCGGGCCAUGUCAACCGAGAAGCACAUUGGCAACGCGACGAUCAGGGUGUAUAUCCCAUUAUUGGGAGAGCCAAAGUUGUUCCCCGGCGUCGCGUUGAAGCAGUAUACGAAGCUGCCUGAUCACCGUCCGCCUUUACGCCGCGACAAGCCUGUUCGCAUCUCCAUCCCAUACCACGACCCACCUGUCAUGCCCCGCUACAUUUUCCCCGCCAGCGACAGGUCUUUCAUCUUUAUCCCACGGGCGAUGCGGCCGAAUCAGCAACGGGCGCGGGGCAAGGGCCCACGGUCGAUACUGGGGUCUGGGAUGUUCUCCCGGGCCACGAGCGUCUGGGGCGGAAGCGUCUAUGGGAGUAUCUAUUCGCCUAGCAUUGGUCUCAGCCGCCGGUCAUCGAUCGCCCAAGAUGUUGGCCGUGAGUUUAUGCUUUCGCCGACCGGCUCGGCCAUCUCGCGGCCCGCUCUCCCGGUCGACACCGCUCGGCCCGUCGUCCGCCUUCCUCCUUAUGCCCAACAAGCAAUGACUAUGCCUGUUCCGCCCAAGCCGGAUGUCUCCCAGAAGGUGCCGGAGCCGUCCAUCAGCGAGCUGCCGCAACCACAAACACAUCCUCUUCCUCAAAAGCCUACGUUUCAGGAGAACCGAUCAGACUUUAUUCCCAUGCACCAACCCAGGCCUCAAAAGGCCGUUUCCGUCGAGAACAUCGAGCCGUCCGCUCAGCAGGCUACAAACCCACCCGGCCCCUAUGCGCAAGCCUUCCACCAACAAGUUCCGCCACAGCUGCCCAACGCUUACGCCCAAGACACGCACGCCCGCCACCCUUCAUAUCAGUCCCAGUUCUCAUCCUCCACUCCCUUGUCGCAAAUCCCGGAGCGUGCCGUCCACGCUGCUCCGUUCCAGCCCAGCACGUAUGCCCAACCGGCCUUCUUCGGCCAGCCAUACUCUACGAUGCAACCUCAGCAAGGCUUUUACUACCCCCAAACCUUUGGCGCCAACAUGGCGCCCAACGCAAAUGCCCCCGCCUUCGUGCCGGCGGCACAACAACAGCAACAGCAAACCAUUCCUCCCUACACGCAGCAGCCUACCCAGGGCGGCGAGAUGGCCGCUCCUCCCCAGCCGCCCGCAGGCCAACAAGGCCCACAACAUCCACAACAACAGCAGCAGCAACAACAAGCGCAAAACAUGGUGGACGCCCGCGAGUCCCAGGGGACUGUUUACUAUGAUUAUUACUCCCAGGUGCCGGCCCUGCCGCCGGCGGCCGGGUAUCCGCCUCAUCCGUUUCCCGGCGCGGCGGCAGCGGCGGCGGCGGUCCAGGGACCGUAUGCUGCUGCGAUGGGAAUAAUGGGGGGCAUGGCCGGCGGUAUGAUGGCGCCGAGUCCGGAUCCCGCGACAACGUUUUAUUACCAGCAGCCGAUGCCUUACUAUCCGCAGUAG